CAAGCCUGGACAAAAAUGACCUGAGACAAGAGAAGAGUGGUUUCAGUGGAAUAUGGGAACAGGCUAUCAUCACUAAAGUCCGUUUUCAACAAGUUCAGAAGAAGAAGACCCUGAUCUUCAGGUGUUGAGAUGCUGUGUACAAGACUCAACACAGAAGUUGUCAUAAAAGCAGAGACAUUGACCUGGCAACAUUGAAAACAAGAGAAAGAAUAUCAUUUUCUUAACCCUGCAACAAAAGACAGUGGCUGGUCAUAGACUCUCACAUUUAUCCACUCUGCCCAUCCCAUUUAUGUCGGACUCUGAGCUGCUGCCCUCAGCAUCCCCCUCUCCGCCCCCGUUUCACCAGUGUGACUACAGAGAAUGGAGACCCACAUGGGUAAUCAUACCCUCAGUCUAUCUCCUGGUAUUUGUUUUGGGCUCCCUGGGAAAUGGGCUUGUCCUCUGGUCAUACCUGGAUCGACCUGAGGGUAAACCAGCCGGCGUGGGGACCUGCACCAAUCGGCGUCUUCAGCAAUCUGGAAGGAGUUCUACCCCCAAGUUGUCUGACUCCUCCCGUUCCCUUACUGACUCACUCAUUGCCAGCCUGGCAGCAGCAGACCUGGCUUUUGUGGUAACCCUGCCCUUGUGGGCAGCCCACACAGCGCUAGACUACCACUGGCCCUUUGGCAAGCCUCUUUGCCAAGUCAGCAGCUAUUUAGUGGCCCUCAACAUGUAUGCCAGUGUGUUCUCCCUUACGGUCCUGAGCAUGGAGCGUUACUGGGUUAUUGCUGGCCGACGGCGGUCCAGUAGGGCCCAGGGGAGUGGAGUCUGCCGAGCUGCUUGGGUAGUGGGGAGCGUUUGGGUGGUGGCAGGUAUCCUUGCUCUUCCUGCGCUGCUACUGAGGACUGUAAGGGAGGUGGAUGUAGGGGGUCAGUAUGAAGAAGACUGGCAGACAGCUGAGGAAGAGGAACACUCGGAUCAUGAUCACAUGCCCAUGUUCAUAUCUUCCUGUAUGAUGGACUACUCUGGUCUGAUCUCAGCAGAGCUGGAGGAAGAUGACAGGGAGCAGGCAGAGCUACUGUGGACGGCGGCUCUAGGACUUAAAUCCACCUUGGUUGGCUUUCUGUUGCCUUUGAUCAUCUUAUUGAUAUGUUACUGCUCCCUAGGCCGCCUCCUCAGCCGCCAUUUUGGACAGGGUCCUCGCCCCGACCGCCGACGCCAACGCCGCCUUUUGCGAGUUAUCGUCACCUUAGUGCUAGCCUUCUUCCUCUGCUGGCUUCCCUUUCAUACCAACAAAACACUUUCCAUGCUCGUGGAUUUAGAGCUGCUGCCCUACUCCUGCCUAUUUGACCGGACUCUGGUUGCAGCUCACCCCUAUGCUACCUGUCUAGGGUAUGUCAAUAGUUGCCUCAACCCCCUUCUAUAUGCUUGUUGUGAUGUGGCCUUUCGGAAGCGCUGCCGGGCCUUACUGCAGUGGUUGUGGUGCAGGGGUAGGUGUGGGAGUCCAAUGACAGUAAAUGAUGAUGACAAUAGGGAACAAGCCAGCCGGAGUUCUGCAAUUCCUUCUGGAACACGCAAGGAAACAGGAGAUGGAAUUGAGGGGAAGGAUGACGUGAGGCAUGGCAGAGACUGAGAGGAGGGUAGGAGUGCUGUGGAACCUCAGUCAGAAGAGGACACCAAUAAACAGAGACGGAUAUCCUGGGAAAUGUGCAACCCUUACUGUAUUCACGUAACCCCUCAGGAGAUACAUAAACUUAAUAAAUUCCACUGGGAAUGUGUUUGAUUGAAAAAGUGUCAUUUCUUCCAAGGAGAUAGAAAGGAGACCUUCUAGAAAGACACUGGCAAUAAAGAAAAUGUAUAGUAUGUGCUACCAAGCUAACAGAUGGGUUUUCUGUAUAUAUUUUUUGAUAUACAGUACCAGUCAAAAGUUUGGACACACCUAUCC